AUGAUGCGGAAGAUCGAACAGUCGUUGACAUUCCUUUGGCCGUUAAUUUUCCAAUCAGUAGUCCCACUCGAUCGCUUGCACUCUGACGCUUCACUCAUAAAGCAUGAAUGUUUCCAUGGAUUGCUGCCACGAGAAGACACUGUAUCUCUGCUGACGAAAGACGGCGAUUUUCUCUUACGCUUGAGCGAGGCAGAUACGAUGGGCGCAAGAUUAGAAACGAUACUGUCCGUACUACACGAUCCAAAAUCCUGCGUUACUGUUGGUGACGAUCCAGAGACAAGAGCACCUUAUGUAUUAUGUAGUAACCUUAUCAUUCUCGAGAAAAAAGUAAUUCGUAGUGUCGCCUAUUCUGGGUUCAAUUCCAUUCUCGAUGUCAUAUCACAUUACCUGAAGCACAUCAUGGUUUUCAAAUCGCAAAAAAUACAACUGAGAAGGCCAGUUGGGUUGGCUUCAUGGGAAUUUCACGCUGAAAACAUAGAACUUAAAGAGGUAAUCUGUGUGCUUGUUGUUGGAGAGGUCCGUAAGGGAAAAGUGUAUAGCAAAGAUGAUGCACCAUUGACUGUUGUUGUUAAGACGAUUAUCAUCUACGAAAUUUUUGCUAGAAAGGAGCCCUAUGAUGGUCUCAUUAACGAUGAAGCGAAAUCAUUUAUAUUGGAAGGUGACGUAAAUGAUUUUCCCGGAACAACACCAAAAGUGUUGGCAGAGAUGGUUAGGAAGUGCGAGAUUGAACUGCAGACCUUCUGUUUAAGAGACAGACGCUCUGCCACUGGUCAAUAG